AUGGCACCGACGAUGACCAUUGAAAGGCCGCCGAAGACGCAAACGUCGCCCUCCUCGGACUUCCCUGCCAGCUUGGUAGGCAAGAAGGUCCUACUCGCCACAGAAUCGCUUGGUCCCGUCAAUGGCGUUUCCAGAACGACACAGAGUCUUGUGGACUACCUCCGCAACAACGGUGUACUUGUUGCGACGUGCGCACCUUAUUACAAAGGCCAGCCGAUCAACAGCAAUGAGGUGUGGCGAGAUCGUAGUCCCAUCGUCAACAAAGACUGGGUGCGUGAAAUUGAGAAGAAAUCCUCGUCGCUUGGAUCGAGAGCUCUCGGUGGAGCCUGGCUGUGGCAUCACGAACGAGACGAACAGUAUCAGCUGCCGCAUACACGGGCGACCAGUCAGGCUCCGUCCCAGUCGGCGAGGACACCAAUCCUGACCCGCAGCAAGCGUGGCCAUGGUAAUAAAGGGAAGUUGGAGCCAUCGAACCUCAGCCGACAGAAUCCAGAGUUUCGUCUCCAGGGGUAUCCGUUGCCGUACAAUCCAGAUUUGACUGUGGCAUAUCCGUUCCGGCUCGGCGUGGUCUACGAGAAGACUUUCAAACCCGACAUCAUCUAUCUCGCAAGUCCGGCUUCCGUCGGCUUCCAGUUUUUGGUCCAGCUUGGCCAGCUUGAUCAUCCACCGCCAACGCUGUUGAACUUUCAGACCGACCUUUCUGCAUACAGCACAAUCUUGUUCGCACCUCCCAUCGAUCGAUACGCGGUCUUCCUUCUUCAAAUAGUCCAGGGACAUCUCUUCAGGAUGGUCGCGGUCCAGACCAUCUUCUAUCCAUCAGCAUAUGUUCGCAAAUACAUGGAAGGCGCCGGCGCUCCUGCGCAUAAGAUGGUCCACCUUGGUCGAGGCGUUGACACUGACUUGUUCAAUCCUGGACGACGGGAUGAGGCCUACCGGAAAGAAAUCGCUCCGAACGGCGAGAUCAUCUUCUGUUGCAUUUCUCGAUUAGCUCCCGAGAAAGGCUUCGAGUUUCUUGCUCAGACGGCAUAUCAACUCAAAGAAAGCGGGCUCGCGUUCAAGUUGCUGAUAGUGGGUGGUAACAAAAACCCUACCGUCGAUGGAGAAGUCCGCAACUAUUUCAAAGACCUGUCAGACCACGUCAUCUUUACGGGGUUUCUGCGUGGGACAUUUCUAGCCCGUGCAUAUGCCAGCGCAGACGUCUUCUUGCACUGCUCGAUUACCGAGACCUUCGGGCUGGUUGUGCUCGAGUCCAUGGCUUCUGGCGUGCCGGUCAUCGCCCGAGAUGAGGGAGGGCCGUCGGAGACCGUGAAGAAUGGUGCAUCUGGCUACCUCGUGGCGCCACAUGACCGAGAUACUUUCGUCAAGUAUGCACAUCAACUGGCUAAUGACACUGCUCUCCGCGCGCACAUGGCCGUCAAGGCCCGGCAGCAAGCGCUCGACACCACCUGGGACAAGAUCAACAACCAGGUAGCUCUGCAGUUGGCGCGGUCUGUUGAAGAAGCCGGUGCAAGCCAGCAGGGUAUCUACGGCUCUUGGGUGGGAAUGAUGAGGGUGUAUGUGGCGGUGGGUAUUGUUUGGGUCUUCUGGUUCAUUGCGGUGGUGCCCUUGCUGCUCUGCGGGUUUGUUCACGGGUUGUUCAGGUGA